CUUUACUAAUUUUCUUUAAAGAAAAAAACUAAACACAGUGCGUACAUAUAUUUUCUGAUACAGAGACGCACUUUUUUUUUAUUUGUUUACUGUUGCAAGGAGGCCUAGUCACACGACUUUAACGUAAAUGGGUUUCCAUAUGUUUACAUCUUUCUUAACAUUGGACAAAAUGGCUGGGACUUGUUACACAAUUACGGGAACUCUCGUCCCACUUUCCAUAUGUAAUAUUACUAGGAUAUAAACAAAAAAAGGUUCACUCAUUGAGUCAUAACUAAUAUUUACAAAGAUUUCCCAUUGGUCUUGAAACGAAGAUGGAGGAACAGCUAGACAGCCUGGAGGAUUGGGUGGCUGUCAAACACAACCCUUUCUCUGAAGGUCAUCUACCUCCAAAAAUCAUCUUCAUUAUUGGCUGGAAUGAGGUGGAGAAGAAAAUAGCCGUCACCAGUCGGCAACACAAUCGAGUUGCCAGCGACCUUGCUGAAAGUGGCAACCGUACUGGAUUAUUCACUUUUAGUGAGAUACGAGCUGUUCACGAACUUCUCUGUCUUGUUCAUGGCUGCCUUGCACCAUAUUUACCUGACAUACCUGUCGAACCUCGUGGCCUCUGGACAUUCAUUAGUCCAAUGCAGACCCCUGAUGAUAUUGAUGAAAUCUGCAAGAACCUUGAACGGUACUUCCAGAUUGUGUUAGAGAUUUGUAAUGAGCGUCUUCUUAUUUCAACUCUCUUUGAAGAAUUCACUGCUGAUGACUAUUUUGAAAAUUUUUCCGAGAUCCAUCGUCGUAGCUAUGAAGAGGCAGUGGCUGUAGCUGAAGAACAGUUGGAAAAUGUGCUGUUUUUGCGAGAAAGUUCCGUUACCAUGUCUGAGAAAGAAGACAUGUAUAAUUUGGAAGAUGCUGCCAUGGCUAAGCUGAACAUUAAUUUAGCAAGUUUUUAUAAUUUCCAAAUACAGCCAUUUUUGGACAUGCGAGAAUUAGCAUUCACCAAGUUGCGUGAGGCACGUAAAAAACUGCAGGAUAUAGAUACGGGUGAACGGAUCAAAGCUGAAUAUAGGAAAAUAUUCACUGAGUGGCAGGGACAUUACGAAAGAGCUUUGGAUAAUAUCCAAGAACUUUAUAUAAAAUAUUACAAGACCACUUGCAAUAAUCUUCAGGCCAUGCUUGAAAGAAUGAAACAAGAUAAAGAAAAAUUUGGCAAAACAGCUUUUGAUCUUCUGGGUGUUGAUCGAAUGAGACGUCAACUGAUUGUUAUUGCAUCUGUCAAAGAGUAUCCUGAGGCCAAAGCAGAACUGGAGAAACUUGAAGAAAAAGUGUUCAAUUGGACCCUUAAGAUCCAUGAUGUAUGUGUUAAAAUUCUUGAUGAAGAAGAAAUUUUGGCAAAAACACAGAUUGAUGGCAUUCUUAAGCAAGUACAAGAUGAAGAAGAAUCUGGUGUUUUCUAUGAUGCAUUUGAAGAUGCAGAAAGUUUGAAAGAAUAUGAUGAACCAAUGACUACAACAACAGCAUCUAACCCGCACCUGCAGCAUCUAAAAAGUCAGAUAAACCGUAUCCAACAGAAGAAAGCAUCUUUUCGAAACAAAAAGGCAAGUUUUUUUCUUUUAUUCACUGCAAAAUCAAAGUUAGUCAAGUUCAUAAGUCCAAAACGUCAACAACAUAAAGAAAAAGUGGAUUCCAAACAGGAAUUUAUUCAGGAAGAACGCAGAAAAGCCAUUAAGCGUCUCCAAGAUUAUAAGUUGAAAUAUCCGACACCAUCUACAAUCAGGCCACCCACACAACAACAGCAGAAAGCUCCUUUGUCGGCAUCUGAUAAUAAUAACAAAGAGGGCACAAAGAAAGUAUUUAUCAAAAAACAAACUGCUUUAAAAGACUUAAACGGACAUUCUGCUGAUUCUACCAGAGCACCAUCGGUCAUUCCAAAUCUGGAGAGCAUUCUAAGUAGUAAGAAACGUCUCAAGCCAGCCAGCCGACACAUAAAACCACCACCCAUUAAACAAGAUCCCAUGGAUGACAUUUUAGAUAUGAUCAAGAAAGGCGUCAAGUUACGCCCAACUACAGAACGGGAUUCUGGCUGUGAACGUGGUUCUCCUUCACCGAUUCCAAGUGACUCUCAUCUGAAACUACUUCAGGAGAGUCUUAACCGAAUCAAUCGAUUGACUCGUGACAGUUCACCUGAGUCUGAUGACAGUGAUUACGACAACUUUGAUGAUUAUUAACACCCAGCUGCCUUGUUCCCCCU